AUGUCUCCAAGACUAGAAAUUACCCAGGAUAUGAGGAUAAAAAUUUGUGCUCUACGAGAUGAAGGAUUUCCUUUUAGUGCAAUUGCCAAUAAAUUUAAUAUUUCUAAAAACGGUGUAAAAUACACGAUAGACAGAUUUAAUGAAUCUGGUGAAUAUGUAAACAGGAUCGGCAGAGGGAGAAAACGUUGUACAAGUGACGCAGAUGAUAAGAAUAUUAUCCUCAUGAGCAAAAGAAAUCGCAAGAUGACAGCUCCUGAUAUUCGCGAAGCUUUUAAUUCUUCUCAUUCUGGUUCUCCCUGGGCAAAGAAAUACGUUUCCUGGACUGAUGAAGACUGGAGGAAAGUUUUAUUCACUGAUGAAUCAAAAUUUGAACUUUUUGGUGGAGGCAAAAGAAGACAUUAUGUUCGCAGGAUGCAAGGCGAGAGAAUGUUAUCUCAGUGUGUUGUUCCAACGGUUAAGCAUGGUGGGGGAAGUGUUAUGGUUUGGGGUUGUUUUGCAAAUGGUCAAACUGGAAGUUUGAAAAAAGUGGAAGGCAUUUUAAAGAAGUAG